AUGGAUCAAAAUUAUUCUGAAAAUAAUAAUAAUGAUGAUGAUAAUGAUGAUUCUAACAACAAUAUUGAUAUUAAUAACCAAGACUUUGUUUCUAAUGCUAAUAAUCAUAAUUACGUAAAUUACAUCAAUCAAACCGCUGGCCGCUACUAUAAUAGUUACAUUCAUCAAAACCAGAAUUCUGUCGAAAAUAAUUACAUUAAUCAAAACUUUGGCGACGUUCAUCAAAAUAAUAUCGCCAACCAAAAUUUAGGCAUCAUCAGUAACAAUAAUUUUGUUGGCCAAAGCUUAACUAGAGUUAUCAACAAUAAUAAUGACAUCAUUGACCAGAAUCCAACCAUUGCUGCGGACAUUAAUCAUCCAAACAAUUUUUUUGACAAUAAUUUUUUCGUUGGACAUCAAAAUUCUAUCGUCGCAAAUAAUCAACUACUUAUUUACAUAGUAUCUCAGCUUCAAAACCUCCAAAAUUUUCUAAACCAAUUUUUGAAUAACAACAACAAUAAUAACAGAUAG